AUGAUGGGUUCAAAGGCGACCAUGAAGGCUAUUGACUUAGCUAUCAAAUCAGAAGAAUUCGAUGUAGCCAUACAAAAAGCACAGGGACUGCUUGCAACGAAUCCUCGAACUUACUUGGCAUUUAUAUUCGUUGGUUUUGCACACUGUAAGCUUGACCAACUAGAAGAUGCAGAAAAGGCAUACCAGGCAGCAAUAGACAUCGACAGAACGAGUCCUCAAGGCUGGCAAGGUCUGAUUCAAAUAUACGAGAAGAAGGAUGCUGAGACAAUAGAUAAAUACCAGAAGGCGACGAUGCACCUUGCAGAAAUAUUUCAAGCCGCAGACAAUAAAAAUAAAUGUCAAAAUGUUGUGGAUAAAUUUAUUGCAUUUGCCAGAAAUAAAUGCACCAAUAUUCAGUUCAAAAAAGCGCAAGAAAUUCUACUCCCCACAAGUCCAAUAUACGACUUUCUGGAAGGAAGUCUCCCUCAACCAUCUCUCACAUAUCAAAGUAUGGCUCAGAUAACCGAAUUCCAUGAAAAAGAGUGUAUUAAUAAGUUGAUUGGCGAGCGUCGAACUAGGCUCGGAGCCAAAAUCAGCCAGGUUACAGCUGAAGUCACCAAGGAAAUAUUAGCAGCAAGCGAUUUAGAGCUCAUAUACUCAAAAAUAAUAGACUGGAGUAAUGAUGAUGAUGUUCGACGUCAAUACGAAGAAAAAUUAAUUCAAAGGAUGCUCGAUUUGAUGAUAACUCUUCCAAAUGGACCCCUUAAAACAGAGAAACGCGCUAAAAUUAUAGAGAUGGCUGCGGGUAUCGUCAUUAUAAAGCAUCCAUUUAAGCUAGCAUGGGAUAUAUAUCUGGAAUGGCAAGAUUUUAGUAAAUUCCAAGACUUUGACGGCAAUGUUUUGCGAGAAUAUUAUGCUUUCUUUCCUGCUGUUGGACUUGCCCAAGUUCUGAGAGGCUUCAUGAGUUCUGAGCUAUCUCCACAUCCUUUUGUGCCCCUACAGCAACAGGUGCCAGAAAAUCCAUCGGCAAAAGAGCAAUCAUCAGACAGUGAAGACAAUGAAACCGUGGACGGUGGAGUCUCCCUUGAUCAAUACAUGGGUGACGCUGAUCGUUUACUUUUAAUGACUGAGGGAAUGCUUGAUGCUUCGAGAUCAAUUUUGGCCCAUCGAAUAAUGGGAGAGUACUACCAACACCUUGAAGAAUACGAAAGCGCUGUGGAGUUACUAAGAAACGGCCAGAAACUAGUCAAAGAAGAGUCAAAUAAGACUGGAAUAACGUUCGAAAACUCUAUCAAUCACAUUACAGCCCUUCUUGGAACCGCUCUUGUAUACCACCAAUCACCGAAAAAUCAUCCUGAAGCAAAGACUUUAUUUCAGAAAUUAUUAGAAAAAGAUCCUACUUCAACGCCUGCAUUAAUUGGAAUUGGCCUUAUAUACGAAGAAGAGCAAAAUUUUACUGCAGCAGUGGUAUUUUUUGAGCGAGCUCUUCAAAAAGAUCCAAGUAAUAUUCGAGUUAGAGUAGAAGCCGCCUGGGUAAAAGCUCUUCACGGUAAUUUUCAGGCAGGUAAAUCAGAACUUAGUGAAUGCUUGUUAGAGAUAGAAGGAAAAGAUACUCAUCACCGGGAUUUAAUUGCACAAACCAAAUACCGUAUUGGAAUCUGUAUUUGGAACAUUGACGCAUCGUUUGCUAGCCGGAAGGAUAGAAAUGGCGCUUAUGCUUAUUUUUUAGCUGCGCUUAAAGCAAAUAUAAGUUUUGCACCAGCUUACACAUCGCUGGGGAUCUUCUAUGCUGACUACAAUAAUGACAAUAAGAGAUCUAGAAAAUGUUUUCAAAAGGCUUUUGAACUUUCAUCGUCAGAGGUCGAAGCUGCCGAAAGACUCGCGAAAAUACUUGCCGAAGAGAGAGACUGGGAGAUCGUUGAGAUAGUCUCACGACGAGUCAUAGAGUCAGGAAAAAUAAAACUAGCUCCCGGCUCAAAAAAAAAAGGCACUAGCUGGCCGUUUGCAGCCUUGGCAGUGGCCGAAUUGAACAAACAAGAGUACGCUAAAAGUAUAGUUUCAUUCCAGUCGGCUCUCAGGAUUACACCUACAGAUUAUCAUUCUUGGGUUGGGCUAGGUGAAAGCUAUUACAAUUGCGGUAAGUAUAUUGCUGCCACCAAGGCACUCAAAUUUGCCAUAGAUCUUGAGAGUAAAAUUGACAAACAUAUUAUUGGUGAGACUUGGUUCGCCAAGCAUAUGCUAGCAAAUGUUAAGCGUGAACUUGGAGAUUUUGAUGAUGCUAUAAGUGGAUAUCAAAGCGUUCUCUCAGAAAGACCAGGCGAAUAUGGAGUUUUAACUGCUUUGAUACAAGUGCUUGUUGAAAGUGCACAUGAUUGUAUCGAAAAGGGUCUAUUUGGAUGCGCCAUAAAACGGGCGUUUGAGACUAUUAAUGCGGCGCUUACCCUAGCAAAAACUAGGCCAAAUACAUUUAAUCUUUGGAAAGCAGCUGGAGACGCAUGUUGUAUUUUUUCCCAAAUACAAGGCCGGCUGAGCGAGUUUCCUAGUAAUAGUGUUAAGGAACUCUUACAAACUGACGACCAUAACGAAGCUUAUGAUUUAUUUUCAGAUAUCGACGGUGUAGGACUAGACGUAGCUUUCGCAACAGGACUUUAUUCUUGCGAUGAAACUAAUGGUCUAAAUCUGACUAAAUGCUUGCACGCAUCAAUUCUUGCCUACAAACGAGCUAUUUACGCAUCAGCCCACGAUACACAUGCACAAGCCGUCGCCUACUAUAAUCUAGGGUGGGCGGAGUAUCGAGCCCAUGUUUGUCUUUGUUGUAGAAUCAAAAAACGUUCUACUCGAUUUUUAAAGGCUUCUGUCCAAUGCUUUAAGCGAUCAAUUGAACUUGAAGCCAGUAAUGCUGAAUUUUGGAAUGCACUCGGUGUUGCCACCAGCGAGAUAAAUGCAAAAAUUUCUCAGCAUUCGUUUAUCCGAAGUUUGUAUUUAAACGAACGAAGUGCACAGUCCUGGACAAACCUAGGAACACUCUAUAUGCUUCAAAAUGAUUAUCUGCUAGCAAAUGAAGCCUUCACACGAGCACAAUCCAGUGAUCCAGAUUAUGCGCAUGCUUGGGUCGGACAGGGCAUUCUCGCUUUGAUUCUAACUGGAGAUGAGAACGAAGCUCAUCUGCUUUUCACACAUGCCAUAGAGAUUUCAGGCUCUUCAUCUCUCAUUACCAAACGACAACAUCUGAAGUCAUCAUUUAAUCGGCUAUUAUCAUCAAAUACAGCACUUAAAGCCUCUAGUUUCGUGCAGCUCCUUUUAACCCUUAGACAAAUAGAGUCGAUGGCUCCUGAUGACUUAGUUUUCCGUCAUCUUAAUGCUAUUUUCUUAGAACGAUUAAAUGAAAAAGCAUAUGCACUUGAAAUUCUCGAAAGUAUCUGCAAUGCUGUCGACGUUGAUUAUGAACUCACCGAGUCACCUGAAUCGCUUUUACGAUUUUCACUCGCAAAAGCUGACCUUUCUCGUUGUCAAUUAUCUACAGGCUUGUAUGAAGAAGCCAUUGAAACUGGGGAAACCGCACUUGAGCUAAGCAAUGAAUCAAUAGACAAUAAGCUGUCCAGUGACUCUCAAAGAAAAUGUAGACUAUCAGCCCACUUAACUCUUGGCCUUUCCCAUCACUUUUUAGGAGCCCCUUCUACCGCCCUAAAAUAUUUUCUCUCAAUUUUAGAAGAGUCAGGCGACAGUACAGAUACAGUGUGUCUUUUAGCACAAGUUUUAUGGGCUAUGAACAAUGAAGAGUCUAGAAAUAGUGCCAGAAAUUAUUUAUUUAACAGCAUCGAGGGCAAACCCGAUCAUGUACAGUCGGUUCUAUUAUUAGGUGUCAUUGCUCUCGUCGAAAAUGAUAAAGAGAGCCUCGAAGCAGUCACUGCUAGUCUUUAUGAAAUUCGUACCACCUCUAAUCUUAGUGCUAUUGAGAAGUAUCAAGUAGAAGAAGUUUUAUGGGGGAUGGCAUCUGUAUCCAACAGUCGCCGUGAAAAAGAAGCUAUCAUCGAGGCUCAAAAAGACGUCUUUUUAUACCCUUACCAACCCAUAGGUUGGAGCCGUCUAUCUGACUUUAAAUAUAAUAAAUAUACAGCUACAAUGGCCUUGAAGACGGCAUUAAAAUCUCAAUCACCCCAAGAUAAUUCUGAUGCAUUUCAACUGUCCAGGUUGUUUGCUGCAAGUGGGAAAUUAGGAGAUGCGCACACAGCAAUAAAUAUUGCGCCCUGGAAUAUUGAUGGUUGGAAGUCUUUAUCCACUGCGUUAUCAUAA